UGAGUCCCGAGUCGUGAGCAGAGGGCGUGUACGUGUGUGUGUGAUGUGUGUCUGUGUCUGUGUAAGAACGUCCGUGCGCUCGCUCCACCACACCACAUGCACCGCACCGCACCGCACCGCGCCCAAAAAAAGCACGCAAUUCGUGGAUCCGAGUGACUGUUAUUGCGAGAAGGCGCGCGCGCUCUCAUUCAUUCACCAUUCACCAUUAGCGCCUGAUGCAUGCUUGACUGCGGAAUCAGAAGCCACGCAGGACACGCGCGAGAGCCAGAAAUAAGACGAGCACAGCACACGCACGACAAUCCAUUCGACCUUCUGAUUGCGCACCCCAAGACUCACACUCUCGAUCUAUCGCGAAUCCUCGGACACGCUCGCUCGCUACACACUCGAGCGAGGUUUCAAGGGAGAAAAACAGACCCCGCCCGAUCCAACUCUCUGCGCUUCGCUUCUCCUCCUGCUGGCGCACGUAUACGUCCGCAAGCACGCACGCAAGCACGCAAGCACGCACGCGCGCGCACCUACCCAGCUGACGCUGCUGCACACUCCUCUUCUUGUCGACUUUCUCAUCAUCAUCAUCAUCAUCAUCAUCUCAUCGGCGCUAGAAGAAGAAAUCGCGUCAUCUCACGUGAUAUCUCUCUGACACAGAUCACGUGUGGGGGGUUCAAGCAUGCAUGUGCAGAGAGGCAGCCAUCACGUGCAGCUAGGUCCGGCGCUCGAUCCAGUCUUGGAUCCGUCACAGCUCACGCGUGCGCCCCGAUCCUGCUACAAGGUGUGCCCUUUGUGGGACAGAUGGACAGACAGACAGACAGCGACGAUCUUCUAGCAAUCCGCGAUGGCCCCAUAGCAUGCGGGCGAUGCCAGCAUCAUUCAUCGAAUGAAACGCCAUGAUACUCUCCGCUCGAGAGCCCCUCAUCUCAUCUCAUCUCAUCGGAGAUUCGCCCAAUGUGAAGCUUUCCCCCCUCUAGAGAAGGGGCCCACCCAUCCUUGCAUUGG